GCAUUUUUUGACCGCUGACUGCCUCACUUCUCGAAGCAAUCUCGUGCCGUGCAAAUGCAACAACCGUGGUGAGAGAAGACUGCGUACGUGUGUCUUUAUUUCUUCCUCCGGGAUCAACCGACCAUCACAAAAUCAGUACGCUUUGUUCGAAAAAUUGUGUAACAGGAAUCUGUGUACCGGGAACCGAUCCAGCUGCGAGUGUGUGCCCCGCCGGAGGACCAAGUUUUGUGCGCGUUUGUGACCCCCUUUUCUACAGAAAGCAACUAGGAAUUUAGAUCAAUCGAAAUGAGUGCUCCAGCUGCUGCCGCCCCGGUCCAAGCACCGGUUCUCAAGAGAGGAAUCGUCAAGCAGGUUCUGUCUGGUGAUUCGGUCAUCAUCCGUGGUCAACCGAAGGGUGGUCCCCCACCGGAGAAACAGAUUAACUUUUCUGGUGUCAUCGCCCCGAAGCUCGCCCGCCGACCGACCAACAAUUCCACGGAUAUUUCCAAGGAUGAACCGUACGCCUGGGAAGCUCGCGAGUACCUGCGGCAACGAUUGAUCGGUCAGGAGGUUUACUUCCAUGCUGAACGCCCGCCAAAUGCCGUUCGUGACUAUGGCUACGUCUGCCUCGGAAAGGAUCCGGCCACCUCGGAAAACAUUGUGGAAUCCAUCAUAUCCGAGGGCUUGGUCAGUGUGCGCCGAGAAGGUGUCCGUCAAACGCCCGAACUAACCCGCCUCUGUGAGCUAGAAGAUGCCGCCAAGUCGGCCCGAAAGGGUAAAUGGAGCGAUUCUCCCUCCGGCGACCACGUGCGUAACAUCACCUGGAACAUUGAGAACCCGAAAGCGUUUUUCGAUCACCACGAUGGCAAACCGAUCAAGGCCAUCAUCGAGCAUGUUCGCGAUGGGUCAACGGUGCGUGCUUUCCUCCUGCCUGAUUUCCAGCACAUCACCCUGAUGAUGUCCGGCAUUCGGUGCCCUGGAUUCAAGCUGGACCUUGAUGGAAAGCCUGACACUACGACGGAGGUGCCAUUCGCCGAAGAGGCUCGGUACUUUGUUGAAUCCCGCCUUUUGCAGCGUGAGGUCGAAAUCCGCUUGGAAUCGGUCAACAAUUCCAACUUUGUAGGAACGAUAAUUUUCCCCAAGGGCAACAUCGCCGAGUCCCUGCUUAAGGAAGGUUUUGCCAAGUGUGUGGAAUGGAGCAUGCCUUACGUGAAGGAAGGUGUCGAUCGUCUCCGAGCGGCCGAAAAGCACGCAAAGGCAAACCGCCUCCGUUUGUGGAAAGACUAUCAGGCCCCUACCGCAGCAUAUAACAGCAAGGACAAGGACUUCACUGGCAACGUCAGCGAAGUAUUUAACGGCGAUGCGAUUAUGGUCAAGAUCAGCAGCACCGUAUCGAAGAAGGUCUUCUUGUCAAGCAUUAAGCCACCUCGUGAAGCUGCCCGUACCGCCGACGAGGAGGGAAAUUUGCCACCUCGGCCCAAGGGAUCUCGUCCGCUGUACGACGUCCCAUGGAUGUUUGAGGCCCGUGAAUUCCUGCGCAAGAAGCUGGUUGGCAAGAAGGUGCAGUGUUCACUAGAUUACGUGACACCUGCCCGUGACAACUUCCCCGAGAAGUGCUGCUACACCGUCACUCUGUCCGGAGCCAACGUAGCGGAAGCUCUGGUAGCCAAGGGUCUGGCCACCGUCAUCAAGUACCGCCAGGACGAUGACCAACGUUCGGUGCACUACGAUGAACUGCGUGCCGCCGAAACGCAAGCCAUGAAGCAGCUGAAGGGUGUUCACGCCAAGGACGACAUUCCCACGCACCGUAUCAACGAUCUGACGGUGGACCAUUCCCGCAUUAAGCAUCAGUAUCUGCCCUCGUGGCAGCGUGCCCUGCGUACCGAAGCCAUUGUCGAAUUCGUUGCCAGUGGUUCCCGCUUCCGUAUCUACUGCCCCAAGGAUAGUUGUUUGGUGACAUUCCUGCUGGCUGGAAUCUCCUGCCCUCGUUCGUCCCGACCCGCCCUGAAUGGUGUUCCCGCUCAGGAGGGUGAACCCUUCGGCGAUGAAGCCCUCCAGUUCAGUCGAGAACGAAUCUUGCAGCGGGAUGUGAGCGUCAAGAUCGAGACCACCGACAAGGCAGCCACCAGUGUGAUCGGAUGGCUGUGGACCGAAAACAACGUUAAUCUCUCGGUUGCCCUCGUCGAAGAAGGUCUGGCGGCGGUGCACUUCACCGCCGAAAAGACGGAACACUACCGCGCUCUUAGCGAUGCUGAGGCACGUGCCAAGGCGAAGAGGAAGAACAUCUGGAAGGACUACGUGGAAAAAGACGAAGAGGACAACAAGGAGAACGAGGACGAGAAGGAAGACCCAGCUGCUCCUGCCGACCGCAAGGUUAGGUACGAAAAUGUCGUCGUCACGGAAGUUACUCCGGAACUGCACUUCUAUGCCCAGCAUGCCGAUCAGGGUGCCAAGCUGGAAGAACUGAUGACCAAGCUACGACAAGAGUUCCGUGCAAUGCCUCCGGUGACCGGUUCGUACAACCCACGGCGAGGCGAUAUGUGUGCGGCCAAAUUCUCCGAUGAUAACGAAUGGUAUCGUGCCAAGGUGGAAAAGAUCGAAAAGGGCGGCAACGCGUCGAUCCUGUACGUCGACUAUGGCAACCGUGAGACCGUUCCCACUACCCGCCUAGCAAUGCUUCCGCCUGCCUUCAUCUCGGACAAGCCGUACGCGCACGAAUACUUGCUGGCGCUGGUGGUCCUGCCAACCGACGAGGAAGACAAAGCUGACGCCCUCAAGGCGUUCGCCCAGGAUGCUCUCAACAAGACCCUGCAAAUGAACGUCGAGUAUCGCGUCAGCGGUGCCGAACAUGUAACCCUCGUUGACCCUGCCUCUAAGGCCGACGUCGGCAAGGAUCUAAUCAGUGACGGUUUCCUGAUUGCGGAAAAGAAUAAAAAGGACCGCAGACUGCAGAAGCUGAUUAACGACUACAAGGAAGCCGAGCAGUCAGCCCGCAAGAACCGUAACGGCAUCUGGCAGUACGGUGAUAGCACCGAGGACCAAGCUGGUGAAUUCGGCCUCAGCCGUUAAUCGGUGGCCCAGCCACCAACUAAUCGAUGAUCACACCUGCCCUUUAACAAAAAAAACAUAUAUAUACUAUUACAUUAUUAUCAAAACAAAAAAUCCCACUAUAUUAUUGCAAGGAAAACUGAGAAGCAGACAAAAAUCAUCUAUUUAAGAUAUUAUUCCAGUUUAUAUAUUAUUUUGUUUCCAACUGAUAGAACCCCAAAACUUCCAAACAACCACUAGUUAGCCUGGAGCAGAGAGAUAGAUUGGUAGCAGCUAGUAGGGCAAUCCAAGUAGCGAACGGGAAACAGAGUCGCGCCACCGCCAUGGCGUCGAUUUCAGGGAAAACCAAUAGUGCAACAAAACCGAAACAAUCAAACAUGGUUUUUCACUCACCGGUAGGGACUAGGACAUUUGUAGACAGUGGCUGUCAUAGCUGCUGGUGGCAAGCAUUUUGAAUCAGAUUGUUUACACCGUCAACAUACAGACCAGAACAGACCCUUCUCACCCUUAUUUCACCAACAAUCCUUCUACCGAUAGUGUAAUAAUAGCUCCGAGUAGAGAGACGCCGUACUAUACACGAAGCGAAAGACUGUUUCACACAUUAGCUAAGGCGCUAAAAGAAUACCCCCACAGAAAGAACAAAUAAAAGUAACAAUGUAACAGUCUGAUUAAUGAUUAAAUCAUACGUAGAUCAAGGAGAAAAACAGAUAUAUGGAGCUUGUUAAACCCCGCCAGCUUGGAACAGAUUUUUGUCUUUAUAUUUCUUCUGCAUUUUUUUCGCUUCCUUUAAGAAAAAUUUUAUGUUAUAAUGGUGGAAAUACAUUUUUGUGAAACUUUUUUUUUGUCAAAUGAAA